UUGUUGUUGUCUGUCCUAAACACUGCAAACUGUGCACAUUUGUCAAUUAGUUUGUCUAGAAUGUUUUAUUUUGAAGUGAAGUCAUCGCCAGCAUAAUAUAUACAUCAAGAUGUUUAUGUACUAAAUGAUAACACUAAUUGGCACAAACACAAGUUAUAGUUCAAACUUAAAUACCCUGAAAAACAUUUCAAUGGCUGUGGAAGGAGCUCGGCCUUAUAAAUUUACGGAUUACUGUCGUAAAAUAUCUGUAAAUUUACAAAAUUUUAAGAAAGAUGGUAGAUUUUGUGAUGUUGUUUUAAUAUCAGGAGAAAUCCAGAUAGAGGCACAUCGUGUAGUUCUAGCUGCUAGUUGUGCUUAUUUUGAUGCCAUGUUCAGUGUUGGGUUAGAGGAAAGUCAGAAAAAUCAUGUUUCACUGCCAAGUGUGCCACCUAAUAUUUUGCCAAUAAUUAUUGACUUCAUAUACUCAGGUGAAAUAUUGAUAGAUAAAAUAAAUGUACAACCACUGUUGAUUGCAGCUGAUAUGCUUCAACUAAAAGAACUAAUUGUUGGCUGUACUGAAUACUUGAAGGGUGAACUGCAUAACACAAAUGCUCUUGGAAUUUUUAGAUUUGCUGAAGCUCAUAAUUGUACUGAUUUGGCACACGAAGCACUGGAACAUGCGCUAGGAAACUGGAAACACAUAGCCCAUGGAGAUGAAUUACUUGACUUACCAUUUCAACAUCUAAUAACAAUAUUAUCUUCAGAACAAUUAACUGUCGAUUCGGAAGCACAAGUCUUAUAUUCCGCUUUGAGAUGGCUGGAACACGAUCCCGCUGCCCGAAGACGUCACUGCUUCGAAGUGCUCGCGCACGUGAGGCUCCCUCUGAUCGCACCGCAUACCUUAGACGAAGCCGUGAAAAGCCUACAAGACCCUUCUAUUGCAGUGGCUUUAAAAACUGCAGGAGUUGAUAUGAAGACAGGUCGGGGCGCGCUGGUGCCGCUGGGCGCGGAGCCGCGGGCUAAGGCUCGUCGCGUGAUGCUGGUGGUGGGCGGCAGCAGUCGGCACUCUGGCACGCACCCGCCCCUCGCGUCCGACGACAUACUCUCCUCCGUGCUUAAAUUCGAUCUACAUAAAAGAGAAUGGGAGGAACUAGCCCCGAUGGAAAUACCUCGAAUACAGCCCGGCGUGGUUACGUUGAACGGCUGCGUGUAUGCCGUUGGUGGCGAACAGGGCAGUAAGAUCUUAGCGAACGGCGAGGUCUACGAACCUCAAACCAACACAUGGUCAAGUAUAUCGCCGAUGAAAGAAGCUCGCUGUGAAUUCGGCCUCACCGCUUGGAAAGGCUGUCUGUACGCGUUCGGCGGCUGGGUGGGCUCGGAUAUGGGAGCUUCCGUUGAGGUGUACGAUCCGCUCUCCGAUGAGUGGACGAUAAUCGGGAAAAUGCCAGAACCGCGUUUCGGAAUGGGAGUUGUCAAUUAUCAAGGUAUAAUAUACAUAGUGGGAGGGUGUACUCCCACGUGGCGGUACACGCGCGACCUGCUCAGCUACAACCCGAGUACAGGCGCGUGGUGCUCCCUGGCCAACAUGAAGCAUGCCCGCAACCAGGUCACGGCCGUGGUGCUCGACCAUCACCUCUACGUCAUCGGCGGCAACGCGCCCGGCCCGACCGUCUUGUCUUCCGUCGAGAGAUACAGCUUCGAAAAUGAAUCGUGGGAGGAAGUAUCCCAGAUGCGGUCGGCGCGGGCGGGGUGCGCGGCGGGCGCGGCGCACGGCGUGCUUGUGGCGGCGGGCGGCAACAGCGAGCACUCCGCCGACCGCGCCUUCUACCGCGCGCUCGUCACGCUGGCGUCCGUCGAGGUGUACGAGCCGCGCGACAACUGCUGGCGCGAGGCAGCGCCGCUGCCGCACGGCCUGGCUGAGGCCGGCGCCGCGCUCCUCUGACCUCCGCUCAAACUCUUUGUUCCUAAUCUUCCGUUGCUCUGUUGCGACAGAGCCGCGCGUGUCUUGCGAUUACACAAAGGACUAUGUUUACAAUUUUUAAAUCGCUUAUGAUAUUUCUACUGAAGGAAUAUAUUCAUUCAGAAAUGGAGACGUUUGGUGCCGAAUAUUUAAGUUAAUGCACGCUAUUUAGAAAAGACUAACAAAUAAAAAUGAAUCCCGCGGACUUGAAAAAUAUUUAUUCAACGGUCAUUGCGAAUCUCAUUUGUAAGAUUAAAUGUUUGUGGGCUAAGAGAUUUAGUGUUUUGAUAAUAUUAAAAGCUCGAACGAUGUCGAUGGUCGGUUGGUCCAUUUAAAACUUAAUAUUAUGUAUAUCACAAAUUUCCAAAAAAAUAUCCUUCCCAAAAAUAUAAGUUAUCUGUUAUGAUAUUUAAGUAAGAAUGAUGCUGUUGGUAUAUUAUUGAAACAUUGUUUACUUUUCUUAAUAUCGUUUUGUCGUCGUGAGAGGGAACAAAUAUUUCUAUUUUUAUAAAGAAAUAUUUUGUUUAAACACUUAAUUAAAUAAUUUUAUAAGUUUAGUCCCUAAAAUUGAUUUUAAACGACAUUAUUAUUUUAAUUUAGUUAUUCACUGAUAGGCACAUGGAAACCACAUACAGUACAAAUUGAUGGGUUCUAACAAUAAAAUAAGAGCAGCACCAGGAUGCUUGAUCUUUGAUUGAAUUUAGUUUUUCGUCCCUCAAAGUGGCCAAACGCCCCGUUUCAACUUACGACUUACCUAACCAAGAUAAUUGGAACUAUAUACUUUGAAACAUAAAAAUGAAGUAUCAAUUUCAUUGGUAAAUCGGUCUUUCAAAAUGAAACUCAGGGUUGCUUCGCUUACAUGUUCACAAUGUUAGUACAGUACUUAAAAUUUUAAUUAGAUGGUUAAGUUAAAUAUAUUUGUAUUCCGCUACUGCAGGCAGAUGAGCCGAAAUUGAGUAGUAGCUAGUAAAGACCGCGAUCGGGUGCCCGUUGUUCAUUUUUCUAAUUCUUAGAGAGACUAACUAUUAAUGUUAAAAUACUCUGGUAUGAACAAUCGUUUCCACCAUAGCCACA